GGAGGUCGGAUGUGUCCCCCGCAUCCUCCCGUUAUCCGCCAUCCCGCACCCGGGACUAUGGAAUUGAAAACUGCCGCCAACACCAGUCACCUUUUUACUACAUACCCUCUUGACAACCUCUUAAGCCGCUAAUCCUCCACUCUUUUGCCCUCUUCUCCUCACAUCACCACUUGCUGGCCUCAACUUCGAAGCAAUGGCUCACCCUCAAGGAAACCUCGCAAACCUUCUCCCUCCUUCAUGGAAAACCUCGGUAACCGCUUGGCUAGCUGAGGAUACGCCUUCGUUCGAUUACGCCGGCUUCGUUGUCGGUGACGGUCCCCGUGUCGCUACCCUCUGGGGUAAAUCCAGCGGCAUCAUCGCCGGCCGACCCUUCUUCGACGAGGUCUUUACGCAGUGCGGCUGCACCGUCGAGUGGCAUGCUGAAGAGGGAGCAGCUGUUGACCUGAGCAAUGGCAAGCACCGAGUUGCAACAGUCAAGGGUCCUGUCCGCGGAAUUCUCCUCGGUGAGCGCGUUGCUCUGAACACACUUGCACGAUGCUCUGGCGUCGCUACCAAGAGCCAGCGACUUGUAUCGAUUGCGCGUGAGGCGGGGUAUACAGGUGUGAUUGCAGGAACACGAAAGACAACGCCGGGAUUCCGCCUCGUUGAGAAGUACGGCAUGCUAGUCGGUGGCGCGGAUGCCCACAGAAUGGAUCUCAGCGCCAUGAUCAUGCUCAAGGAUAACCACGUCUGGAGCCGAGGCAGUAUCACCGAUGCUGUCAAGGCUGCCAAGUCAGUCGGUGGCUUCAGUAUGAAAGUGGAAGUGGAGGUUCAGAGCGAGGCUGAGGCUGACGAGGCCAUUGAGGCUGGCGCCGAUGUGGUUAUGUUGGAUAAUUUCACUGGCGAUGGUGUUAAGGUUGCUUCAAGAAGUCUCAAGGAGCGAUGGCAAGGGAAGAGGCAUUUCCUGCUUGAGACAUCUGGUGGACUUCAGGAAGAUAACUUUGAGGCGUACUUGUGUAAUGAUGUUGAUAUUUUGUCAACAAGUUCUAUUCAUCAGGGAGUGCCGCACAUCGAUUUCUCACUCAAGAUCGAGCACUAGGUCAAGAUAAUAAAAGUAUAUUGAUAUCCACGAAAA